CUAUCUCUCCUGCUGUAGUCACACUAGAGGAGAACCACUCGGAAGACAAGACUCGCAUGUUCUGUCCGCUACUCGGGGCAGUCGAUGGAAUCAAAAGUAUGAUUUUGAAGGAAUAAAAACACUCAAAUAUUUUCCCUGACAGUUCACAGGAUUUACAGCUUUAACUAAUAUAACCUGUUGGAAGAGAAGAUCUAAAGUCUGAGUUAUGGAUCCAGAACGACAGAAGCGUAAAGAAGAAAUUCAGAAAGCUUUGGGAUUCAUUCAGUCAUCUUUGCCUUUCCCUGAACCUGAAGGUUAUGAGGCAUUUCUGACUCAGCUAGUGUGUAAUUUGCUGGAUGAGGGUAACGCAGUGUUUCGUGAUGGAGAGUGGAGACAGGCAGCUGUACAUUACAGCGAGGGUGUGAAUGUAGCUCGCUAUGCUCAGUCUGAAGCACUGGUCAUUCCCCCAGAGCUGUUAGAGAGCCUCUAUGUGAACCGGGCUGCUGCACACUACAGUCUAGGGGAGUUUGAACGUGGAGUGCAGGACUGUGACAGUGCGCUGUGUGUUUCGGAGGGCAGUCGCAGAGCACUCUACAGGAAGGCACUUUGUCUGAGGGAGCUGGGCCGACUUAGAGAGGCUUAUGAGUGUGGCACUGGAUGCUUACUAACUGCCCCUCAUGACAGGCAAGUUAGUGAACUUGCUCAGGAUCUAGCCAACAAACUGGGUUUGAAAAUCCGCAAAGCCUACAUCAGCCCUCAGCUUGAUUCCACAGCUUCUGGGACAGAUAACAAUGGAGACACGAAUUCUCCAACAGGGGAGACCUCCUCAAAUGGUCUUGAGUCUUUGACUGACAUUGGCUCAGACCUAACAAGUGCCCAAUGCAUACCUGCCCCUUUGGCAACACCAAUCCCAGUCAGUGAUGAUCCCCAAAUGCCCUCCCUCAGCCCAGUUGUGCCCCAAGACAUGCCCGAGAGCCCAAGCCAGGAGCCUUCAGGGCGGGUGCCAUACUCUGUGCCUGUAUCUGAACACAUGGGUGAGUGUGUGAUGAAUGAAGAAUGUCCGGACACAAUGCUGGAAAGUAUUCCCAAAGGAUUGGAGGUCAGCGUGAACCCAGUUCAGGGGGCCAUUCCCACUAACCUUCCAAACACUGCUGUGGGUUUGAGACCUCCAUACUCUCCUGUUCUUACAGCCUCCUCCUCUCAGCUUACAUCUCCCUAUUUCAACUCUGCUGUCAGUCCACACACCCAACUGGAAUCAUUCUCAGUGCUGGGUCAAAGCGAAGCCUCUUCCCAAACGAUGGAAUCUCUUAGCUCCUUCAGCUCUGGGGCUGCAACAGGAGACACUGCUGGAAAGAUGGGGUCUGGAUCACUGAGCACAGGAGGAUUGGAUUCCCUCUCUGAGUACACACUUCCUGGUGGACGAGUCUCUCACAGUUUCAUCUCUGGUUUGCGGAACUAUAAUUCCAUCAAUGCAAAUGGUCCAGCAGGUACCAACCUCUCUUUGCUGUCACGGAACCCUCUGGCUGCCACACAUGAGUUUAGACAGGCCUGUAAUGCCUGCUACAGUCGCGUAGGGCCUCGGGUCAUAGACUACCAUUAUCAGCCUGAUGCAGCUCAUCGCUGUAAGCGAGAUGUGCUGCUCUGUCGCCUCAAAAUUUCAGACGACCCCACCUGGAAGAGGGUGCGACCCCGCCCUGCUCGUAAUAACUUCCUUGGGGCGUUUGUCCUCUGCAAAGAGGUGCAGGAGCGUCAGGAGUGCCAGUAUGGCGAGAACUGCACUUUUGCUUAUUGCCAGGAAGAGAUAGAUGUGUGGACCCAAGAGAGGAAGGGAGCCCUAAGCCGAGAGCUUCUGUUUGACCCUCUGGGGACCAACGAACGGCGGGCCCUCAGUGUCACCCGUCUGCUUCAGCUCCAUAUGGGCAUGUUUAUGUUCCUCUGUGAGGAAUGUUUUGACAGUAAGCCUCGUAUCAUUAGCAAGCGAAGCAAAGAGAAUCUGGCUGUGUGUUCCAACCUCACUGCACGACAUCCCUUUGAUGAUAACAAGUGCCUGGUGCACGUGGUUCGCUCAGCAAACGUGCGCUACAGUAAAGUACGUCCUCUUCAUCCGCUUUGCCAGUUUGACGUGUGCCGCCAUGAGGUGCGUUAUGGCUGCCAGCGGGAGGACAGUUGCUCUUUUGCACACUCAGUCAUUGAGCUCAAGUGUUGGGUGCUUCAACAGGACACAGGUAUUACCCAUGAAGAGAUGGUGCAGGAGUCUAAAAGACACUGGCACCGUUUGGAACAGAAUGCACAGAGACAGAAGCCCAUGCUUGGACCCCACCAGCCCACUAGUAGCAGCAGCAACAGCAGUGCUGUCAGCACUAGUGCUGUGGUCAGUGGUGGAGGAGACAGUAUUGGUGGAGGAGGCACAGGAGGAGGGGGACUAGUAGGAUGUGGUCGAGGGCGUGGCCUCAAUCUGAAGAUGAAGUUUGUGUGUGGACAGUGUUGGAGGGAGGGGCAGGUCAAUGAGCCAGACAAAUCACUAAAGUACUGCACUGCCAAAGCCAGGCACAGCUGGACAAAAGAACGCAGGGUGUUGCUAGUGAAAUCAUUUGAGAAGAAAAAGUGGGUAGUAGUGCGACCACUACCUUUUUCUCGCACCUACCCCCAACAAUAUGACAUGUGCGUUCAUGUCAUGAAACAGAAGAAGUGCCACUAUAUUGGGAACUGUUCUUUUGCACACAGUUUGGAGGAGAGGGAUGUGUGGACCUACAUGAAAAACAACAGUUUGAGAGAUAUGCAGCAGAUGUACGAGAUGUGGCUAUCGUUGACCAAUCAGAACCGGCGAGCAGAUGGCACCCUCUUGACUCCUCCCCCAGAGGAAAAACAGAUCGCCAUGUCAACUGACUAUUCUGAGUCAAUGGUUGGGCGGCGGCUGUCUGGUGGUGGAGGCGAUCUGUGACCUUGCAGGCAAUGUGGUUGUCUGGAUGAGACUUCCUGUUCAGAUGUCCCCGUUCUUCCCCGCUCUUUCAGUGCCACCCUGGGAAGUACCAGGCUCUAUUGCCCUGCAGGGCGGAGUGUCUGAUUAUAGGACUAACACAGUGAUUGUUGAUACACACACACACACACACACACACACACACACACACACACACACACACACACACACACGUUAUCACUUAUUAACAAACACACUUGCACACUCACUGACAUGACAUUCGGCACAGACUCAUAGGGUGUCAUGUAUGUGAAAGUGCACACUGGUACUAUUACAGCUAACUUAAGUAAGGGCAGUUUUUGAGUUCUUUAAUUACAUUUAUGAGGAGUUGCAGGUGAAAUGUCACAUCUUUUCCCUCCAACCUCACUGUUCCCACAGUGCUUGAAAAAUUCUUGGCCAAGAAGGACUGGUUCCCCCACUGUCAAGUCAAACCACCAAUCAAGAUGCUGCUCAUGUUUCAGUGAGGUAUGCAUUGUCAGAUGGCAGAUUUAUGAGUUUUGUCAGGAUUUAUGAAGUGUGCUUAACUCUGUACUCCUGCCAUAUUGGUAGAUGAGUUUGAAUGUAUAGCCAACAAUGGCCAUUUACAGGAAAAUUGAAAUUUGUCAGAUGUAGAAUGUAUUUGAUACGCCAAGGCAAUUAAGUACUGACUUUAAAACCCGCCCCCAGCAACACCUGAUCUUUCUUGCAUAAUCCCAGUUACAGAUCUUGCACUGACAUGCACUCAUUCCUUAUUUGUUUGGUUUGCACUGAGUAACAGUGGGGCAGUGUUUGGUAAAGAGGAGAAAGCAACAACAGGAGGGCUGUUUGCACGAAAUAUGCAGUCCCUGUCCUGCAUGAUGUGACCAUUUAGAUUAAAACAGUUUGGUUCCAGUUCAACUGUGAUUGUAUUCAUUUGAUAAAUUUUUUUUGCUUUGGUUGAGAAUAUUAAGAUGAGUGAUUAAUGGUUGGAAUAGACUUCCAUGUUAUUUCAUUCGAGCUUAUAGAUUGGGAUUUGAAAUACAUAAACUAUGAAAUCCAUAAACACUCUCAAAGGAACCCCACAGUUCAACAGGCCAGUAACCUAACAGUUCUCCAUAUGUAACAUUUAUUAAUAGAAGCAUGGAGACAAAUUAGCAAGAAAAUAGGCAAAAGAGCUCUACUUGCCCUGCCUAUGCAUAGUUAUAUCCAGUCUAAAUAUAUACUGUCAAGACAUGCUGUGCUACCCUUAGUAAGCCUCGUCCUUAAUUUUAGAGGACAUUAUAUAUAUAUAAAUACACUCACACCCACACACACACACACACACACACACACACACACUCACACAUUUAUACACUAUAUAUAUAUAUAUAUAUAUAUAUAUAUAUCCUAUAUUGGCAUACUAAUAAUGAUUAUUGAUAACUUAGCAGUUAAGCUUAAUUAAGUAUAACCUUACCUUGUAUUGAUUACAUAGAACCUCUUGUUAUUGAGCUAUGCUUUAUGACACGUAUUGCUGAUUAGAUGGCUAGAGAUUUUUUUUUUCUUAUGCGAGUCACUCCAGGAAUGUCAGUUUUGUGAGAUCAAGAUGGGAAUUUGCUGUCCCAAACUGCCUUAAAUCCUAAAGAAAAAUAAUUGAUGGGAAACUUGUAAGCACCCAGAGAUGAUGUGUUACGGAAAAUAGAAUCAAGUACUUUGAUUUGGAUGUCAUCAUUUAAAAAAAUAAGGUAUGAAGAGCAGAUUUGGGCAAAAACUGAUUCCAGCUGGAAUGGAGAUUUAAUAGGCACAUUCUGGAGUGACCUAGUUGUACGCUUUACUGAGGGAUCAUAUUAUUACUACUGCUAUUAUUAUGAUGAUGACAGUGAUAAUAAUGAUUGCCAUUAUGACUACUUCUAUUCUACUAUAUGCUAUUGAUAUAUGUAUAUGUUAAUUGCGAUGUAUAACACUUUAUAUGUAUCCAUGUAUGAAUAUAAUACUUAACAGUGAAUUAUGUCUUUGUAUGCUUCGUGAACUGUCCAGAAUAGAGGAAUUUGAUUAUUUAAUGUUACCUGCUGGAGAUCCUAGGGUAGUUGUCAUUUGUCUUCAGGUUGAACAACAACAACAAAUGUGUAAAUGUUUGUCUUCGAGGUCCUCUCUAUUUUGAAAAACGAUGUCUGAGAGAACCUGUGAUUCUCUUUUGAGAGGUGUAGGAUUUAUGGAGUGGUUAUAGCAAAAACACUCCACUGCUCUCUUGAUCUUUUUGAUAUAGCUAUACCACGUCAGCUGUACUGCGACAGAACACAAAGCAUACAUGGAUAUUUAUGAUUGUCUGCAUAGCGCCUUAUACAGUAUGAACAUAUAUACAAUUAUAAAUACCUUAACAAAUAAUCCUACUUAUUCGGUUUAAUGAUAUUUAUAUACACUGCUAGACAACUUAAAUAGAUGCAAGGGGAUGAAAGUGUAUUGUGAAUUUUCUUUGGUUGUUUUGUGAAAACGGAGACAAACAUACUUUGUUUUGUACACAACUCUCAUCUGAAAUGUACAGCAUCAUUUUCAGAUGGCUGUGAGAGUUAUUAGCAUCCAUAGCCUACAGUUGGUAGAGCUGAGGUAGUGUGCAUAACCACAGAGAGAGAGAACGCAAAUUGAGACCAGAAAAUCUCAGUUGACAGUCUCUUGUGCUCAAACAUGAGAUGAGGUUUGCAAUCGGUUAUAUCAAAGGGUUGGUACUGGCCAUUCACUGUCUAAAGGCUGGGGUAAUAUACUCUGCAUCCUCCUGCUCUGUUUGAGUUUACGUUAUCCUGAAACUGGAAUGUUCUGGGCUCUCUGGACUUAGAAAGAUUGAAUGUGUUUGAAGGAACUUUGUGUUUCACACUUUCUGGGUGAAGUUGAAAAACAGCAGCAUGUUCAUAAUAAUCCAUAUUCAGCCUAAAAGGACAAUGUGGGAUUUAUCAAACAUUGGAUUUGUAGCCGUCAAGACAUUUCUGUUAAGAUGGGUUUAUUUUCUGAUCCAAAUCAGGGUUUUGGAAAAAAUGAAAAGAAAAAACAACAAUGCCUCUUUUUGUACUGUAUUUUUACAUUUGUUUGUUUUGUUUAUCCUUUUUCUCCCUGGUUGGAAGUGAAAUAUGAUCACAGUGGACCAAAUCUCAUGAAAGUGUUUAACAAUAAAUAGACCGUUUUAGAAAA